GACCUCCCCGCUUCACCCAUCGCUCAAGCAAGAUGGCGCACAGGCUGGCGCUUUCGAGCGCCUUGCUCGGUGCCUGCCUCGCAGCCAUGGUGGCUUUGGGAGCUGCUGGCCUGUUCGGAAACGAACACGUCCACAUCAGAAUACACCUGCCUGAGCCUGAGCAUCACCCUCCUCCUCACCACGAAGAGCACCACGAACAUCAUGACGACCAUGGAGGUGGUGGCGGCGGCGGCUUCGGCGGCGGCGACAUUAGCUUCAGCGGCCCCGGGGGCGGUGGCGGCGGCCACGGCGGCCACGGAGGCGGCGACAUCAGCUUCGGCGGCUCCGGGGGCGGCGGCGGUGGCGGCGGCGGAUACGGAGGCGGUGACGACCACCACGGAGGCGGCGGUGGCGGCGGCGGCCUGGGAAGCUAUGGAGGAUCUGGAUUCGGCGGCGGCCAUGGAGGCGGCGGACACGGCGGCGGCGGUGGAUUUGGAGGCAGCGGCCACGGCGGCGGCUUCGGUAGCUCCGGU